AUAAAUUGAUAUUAUCAGAAGAGUUUUGGGCUUUAUGCUAACAGGUUGUUCUACGAAGGACUCAGAAAUAUCGAGAGAUAAUGGCUAACCAACUUAUUCCGCUUCUCCUUUCAACUAUCUUGUUUGCAACAAGCCAUGCUGCUCCUGGGCUAGAGCAAUAUGGCGCAGAUGGGAACCAGGUGUCGGUUAGUGGGAUAUCUGCUGGAGGAUUCAUGGCCGUACAGGUGCACGUCGCUUACUCCGCCUCCAUCAUGGGAGUGGGCGUGGUCGCUGGAGGUCCUUAUUGGUGUGCUCGGGGCAACCUGAUGUAUGCUCUCAACCAGUGUAUGGAGACGGGUGAUAUCAACGUGGAUUAUCUCGCUGGAUUCGCAACCUCAUAUGCUCUUGGUUUUAACUCCAUUGAUGACCCAGGAAACAUGGCCAAUGCCAAGAUGUACGUAUUCGGUGGAUCGAGGGAUUCUGUCGUCGUCCAAGAGGUGUCUAGAGCUGCGGAGGAAUACUAUCGACAUUUCAUAACAGACAAUAACAACUUCCUUACCGAGUAUACCGUGCCUGCUGAACAUUCUAUGGUUCACGAUGUGCAUGGUAACGCAUGUGGUCAUAAAGGGGAGCCGUAUAUCAACAACUGUGGCUACAACGCAGCCUAUGAGAUGUUGAACCACUUCUACGGACCCGGGCUCGAGAGGCCAACAGCAAAUACCCGUCAAGAUGGAGUUCUUUUGGAAUUUGACCAAACGGAGUUUUUCCCAAAUGGAAACGCAGCAAAGGAGAGUGUUGCUAAUACCGGCUAUAUUUACGUGCCCACUGGUUGCAUUGACGAUGGGUCUCACUGUCGGGUACACAUAGCACUACAUGGGUGUCUGCAGCAAUAUGAGGAGAUUGGUGAUCAAUAUACCACACUUUCUGGAUACAACGAAGUGGCUGAACUGAAUGACAUCAUCGUCAUCUACCCACAAACCAUUGCGAAACCGAUGGGCGGAAAUCGAAAUGGCUGCUGGGAUUGGUGGGGCUAUGCUUCAAUCUCCUACGCAUCCAAUCUGGCUCCACAGAUGGACUUCAUGAAGCAGAUUAUUGACCGCGUCACGGCCUAACGAUGAACAACCACUCCUGAAAGAUCGAUUCAGAGGAUUAUUAUGGCGCCUAGAAACAUAGUAUUUGAGGCGCGCUACAAAUUAACCUUAACAUUUGAAUUGAAUUUGAAUUUAUUAACAACAUAACACUAAUGUUACAAAUGUAUUCAAGUGGGUAACAAAGUAACAACAAUUAAACAGUUGGUGUCUUAGAAAUAUUCAUGCAUGAGUUACAAAGAAAAAGAAAAUAUCCACGGUUGAACCAUAUAUACAAAAUCAAUCAUAUAUCAUGUCAUAUCAAACCUGUUAAUUAGCUAUAACUUAAUUACACGUAGAGAUUUGGUUGAAUUCCUUAAAGAUAUAUAGAAGUGUAGCUAUCAUUGAAAUUCACAGAGUUCCGAUAGUGUAUAAGAGAUGCAAAUAAAGGAUAUUUUAAACUUUAAAACUCGAAAUGUUGUUAAAGAGAGAACCAAAAGUUAGCACGAGUGCUAGUCGGGAUUGGUUCUCCGACUUUCUAGAACGGUAUGCAAAGUCAUAUUAAAGUAUAUGUAUUCUCAAUCAAGAAUUAAGCAUAAACAUUUAUUUUGAAUUAAUAUCAUAUUAUUUGAUCCUUAUGAUUCAUCUCUGCUUAAGAGUUUAAUUCUGUGAUGUUUACGAAAUGAUGAUCUUGAGUUUUCUUCUCUUAUACUUAUGGGCAAAUUAUUCCACAGCUUUGCUCCAAUGAAAGAAAUUGAAAAAGUGCCAUGUGUCGUAAUACAUUUAUGUAAUCGUAGCAUUAAAUGUUUUCUCCCUCUUGUUCUAUACUUGUGAUUCAUUAAAUCAACGUAAUACAUU